AUGGGUUCGUCGAAACCACAGAACCGGGACAUGCCUUUCGGUUAUUCAUUCGAUGCCGAGUCGCAAUUUCCCAUUCCCUUGCCUACAGCGCCAGCCCCUGGGCACGCUCUACUCACCGAGAGUGACUUUAUGUAUAUGGACAGCUUCUUUGCCGGACUUAGCUCGGACCAGUUUGGCUAUGAAUUCCUCAACGAUCAACCUGGCGGCUCCGAGCUGGAACAUGCAUGGGAUGAUAUACCACCAGACUUUAUGGGAACUACCUCUUCGUUCGGUCAGCAGCCUCACAUGGGGCCGCACCAGGUACCACCUGAUACGAAUUACGGAGGUAUGAAUCCGCCUAUGCACACCGGCCCUCCCAUAGCAUCUUGCACAUCCGCGGACGUCUUGGCUGCGGCGUCGGUAUUACAAAAUGGACCAUUGCAAAAUGGAUCUGCUGGUCGCCCACCUAGUUUGGCUGAUGGGGUGUUGCCUGAUAUAUACCAUCCAAACGGCCAACCUAGAGCCCAGUCGAUGUCGCUUUAUCCAUCUAGGGCGCCAGCAGAAUUUCCGCCACGGCCACAUGAUUACGGGCGAGACAAUCUUUACACAGACAUGAUGUUCGGAGGGCAGCCGGACAGGUCGAUGCAGCAGCAGCCAGGAUCAUUUCGAAAGGUUGACAUCCGUUGGGGGUCAGACGCAGGCUUUAACAUCGGUCCAAGUCUCACAAAUCCAUUCAUCCAGGAUAACGAUGCAUCCUCAGGCAACCCCUUCAAGGAAAUUGUCGACAACGCACUCUCUUUAAACAUACCAAGCAGUGCCGAUACUACCCAACCGCCAAGUCCGUUACCCAAAGCUCGAGAUAAUGACGACGGACAGGAUUCUAGGCCUCGAAAAAGAAGAAAGAGUAAAUUCAAAGAAGAUGAGGAAGAAGAGGAAGAAGAAAAUGAGGAAGAGGAGGAGGAGGAAGAGGAGGAAGAAGAAGAAGACGAGGAAGGCGAAGAAGUACCCGUAGCGAGCAAGAGCGCCAAAAAGCGAAAGUCAGGCAAGAAGGCAGCAACUGAAUCUCAACCUCAAGAAUCCGAAUCGAAUCACAAGAGACGCAAGUCCACAUCAGUCGCUGCGGCCAAGGCGAGGGAAAACCUCACGGAUGACCAGAAGCGGGCGAAUCACAUUAAGAGUGAGCAAAAACGCAGAACUUUGAUACGGGAGGGGUUUGAAGAUCUGGGCGAGCUGGUGCCUGGACUUAGGGGCGGCGGAUUUAGCAAGAGCGCCGUGCUUGUUAUGGCUGCGGAGUGGCUGGAAGAUCUACUUAGAGUCAACCAGGUGUUGCAGAAUCGGGUUGACCAAAUGGAGGGGGGUGACUGCUAG